GUGAUAAGGACCAGAAACAAUUGUUUGUGGCAUCCUUCUCGGUGGUGCUGUAUGUAGCCGGCGGAAGUACUAAUUUUUACGAGGGUGGCAAGCGCGGGGACCCAAAAAAAAAAUACAUCGAGUAUCCUUGCUGAUAUCUUUUUCGCCUGGACAUCAGACCGGAUGGUUGAUUCUCAAGCAAAUCUCUGUCAUCUCUUCCCAUCAGCUAUUUCGUACAAAAUUGUCAUAUAUUCUUCGUCAUUUACUUGCCCUCGUCCAACAUAAACAUCACCAGAGGCUUCUCCCAAACCAUUCGCGACCAUAACGAAUUGAUCGGAUUUUGUCAAGUCUAUUAACCGACCGGCCAGGCCAUAUCAAAAACCUCAAUAGAUAUUUCGCUCUCGGCCUUCUUCGAGAGCGCGCAGAGUUCACAGGGUGGCAUCGGCAGUUUCGGCGCCUAACCCACCGAACUCUCCCCAUGAUUUGCUAACAGGAAAGGACACUACUGCCGGUUCUUUAUCCGGUGGUCUCAUCCACCGCAAGAACAAAGCCGACUCUGGGGUGACCUGAGAAAGGGAAAUCAGAAUGCCGACUUUAGCAAUUACCAACUUCAACAUCGUCCUCACCGUCCUGGGUGCAUGGAUAACUCUCUUUGGGCUGGUCUCGUACCUAUCCAAGGACCGGUUGUAUCUCUCAGACCCACUCAUCUCACUCCUGGCUGGGGUAGCUUUAUCCCCACUGGCAGCAAAUCUCAUCAGGCCCCUCGAAUAUGUUGGCGGCUCAGAGGUUACUCUGGAUGAAGUGACGCUCGGUUUCAGCCGCUUGGUGUUGGGCGUGCAGCUUGUGAUGGCGGGUGUGCAUCUCCCCAGUCGGUAUCUGCGGCGGCAGUGGCGGCCCCUGACCAUACUAGUGGGUCCCGUCAUGACGGGGAUGUGGCUCAUGACGAGCCUGCUGGUCUGGGGGCUCGUGGUCGUGCCUUUUAGAGGGAGCACGGUAGACGGGACUGGCGUGUUGUGGGCCCUGGCGAUCGCGGCGUGUGUUACGCCCACCGACCCGGUACUGUCGGGCGUGAUAGUCAAGGGCCGCUUCGCAGAUGACAAUGUCCCACAGCAGCUCCAGCGACUGAUCAUUGCCGAGUCCGGCGCCAACGACGGGCUCGGGUAUCCAUUUUUGUUUCUUCCGCUCUUCCUGCUCAAGUACGUAGCCGCCGGUGGCGGAAACCAUUCCGCUCCCGCUCCCGCUCCCGUCCAAGGGGGUGCGUCGACGGCGAUGGGCUUGUGGUUCGGCGAGACCUGGGGCUACGUCGUCAUCCUCGGUGCAGUAUACGGUGCCGUGGUUGGCUGGGUGGCCAAGGAGCUGCUGCACUGGGCCGAUCGGCGCAAGUUCGUGGACCGCGAGAGCUUCCUGGUCUCCUCCAUCGCCAUGGCACUGUUCAUCAUUGGCACGGGCGGCAUGCUCGGCAGCGAUGACGUUCUCGCGUGCUUUGUUGCGGGGAAUGUGUUUACCUGGGAUGACUGGUUCCGCUUGGAGACCCUGGACGAUAUGCUGGAGCCGACGGUGGAUAUGCUGUUGAACGUUACAAUCUUCAUGUGGUAUGGUGCCAUAUGCCCUUGGAACAGCUUUCUGCACAACGACGUGGUCCCCAUCUGGCGCCUUGUCUUGCUGGGGGUCCUGGUCCUGGUCCUGCGCAGGUUACCGUUUGUGCUCGCCGCGCACCGGUAUAUUCCACAGAUCAGCCAAGGGCACAACGGCGGCGGCGGGGGCAGCAGCUUGAGGCAGGCGCUGUUCGUGGGCUUUUUUGGUCCCGUUGGCGUCUCCGCCAUAUUCUAUCUGCAGGUGGCGCUCGAGUUUGUCGCGGCGCUCGGCGAAAUGGGCCUUGGAGACCAUGACAGCAUCAAGGGCUUGACCGAGAUGCUGCGGGUCGUGGUUUGGUUCAUCGCAGUUUGCAGCAUUGUCGUUCAUGGGCUGAGCAUCCCCUUCGGAAAGAUCUUUUUCCGUCUCCCGCAGCAAUUCCUGGGGGCCUCGUGGGGUCAUGCACUGAGCCGAUCGUCCACGGCAGCAAUCCUUACGCCGUCCCAAGGGUUACCUAUCACGGCGCCGCCGACCACCAGGCCUCCGUCGUCCCGGGACGGCGAGUCGAGGCCCAGACCCGCGGGCCGCGGAAUCUCGUUUCAGGAGAGUGGCCGACCUCAGUCGGCGUAGGCUCUGGAGGACGGUGCUGCAUGUAGUACACAGAUUGAUUUUAUUUUUCUCUUUUUUGAAGAUGAAGAAACAAGAAAAGCAGGAAAGGAGUUUGUAUUGUGCCAGUUCAUGAAAUCAUCGGUCAAUUAUCCUGAAAGAUGUGAUGGGUUUGACGUUAGGUUCUUAUCUCCCAUUGUGGGUGCCAACAUCGGAUGUUGUCUACUAUGGUUGGUACAUCUGCAUCGACCCAGUGAACACUCUAGAGCAUCUAUGCGGCAGAGGGCAGAAAUAUAAUACAGAGCGGUGUUUGAUAAAACUGAUACUUCGAAAGCAAAUAAUAUGCAUUCUUGAAC